ACUGUCUUCGAAGGCAUCAUCAGUAAGCUCCGCCCCCAGCGUCAGAGUUUCUUUGGUCCGGUUUGAAAGUUUGAGGAGCGGCGCAGCGGCGGCGGAGGACUCGAACCCGCGGCGGCCGGCGGAGGAAUGGGCUGCAGCCACAGUAAGAAGAAAGGCAGGAAAGCAGAGAGGAGGAGUCAGAGCAGCCGCAGAGAUGAAGGUCGGUGGGCGUCGGCUCAUCCGGACGUUUGUCUGGAGAAGCAGCUGGAGCGCUUUGAGUGGCAGCUGAAGAUUUUAAAGGAAGUGCUUUCGGCCAAUGGGAGCUCGGGGAGGGCGGAGCUACUGAGACAGCACACCGAUGAGGAAGUGUGCGCUCUAGUGCUGAGCAUCCUCGACAAGGUGAAGGCGGAGACGGCGGCCGACCUGAACGUCCUCCAUGAGCAGAAGAGCACCUGUGCUGCUGAGGAGCACGAGAGGCGAGUCCAAGAGCUGCAGAACAAACACCAACAGGACCAAACCCGACUGACCGAGAAGUUCCACGCAGACCAGAGUGUCCUGAAGGGUCGAGUGUUGGAGCUGGAGGCGGAGCUGCAGGUCUACAACCAGCUGAAGACCCGCGUGGAAGAGUCCACCUUCAAGAAGGAUCUCCAGAGGAACCUCCAGGAGCGCGGCAGCCCAGGUGCAUUCUGGGAGUCUGAGCAGGAGUCGCUGCUGUUUGUGAUAGAGAUGAAGAGCGCGCGCGUGCAGGAGCAGAGCAGGAAGCUGCAGCAGAUGAACCACCUGAUGGAGAAGAACCAGUCUCUGGAGGACCAGCUGGUCCACGCUCUGCAGCAGAACGAGGACCUGACGGUGCGGAUCGACAACUGCCAGACCCUCAUUCAGCAGCUGACCAAGGAGCAGCUGGACCUGAAGGGGGCGCUGGAGAGGCAGAUGACGGUCAACCAGACGCUCUCUCAGGAAAAGGAGCAGCUGGUGUUCAAGCUGAGACAUCGAGAGUCGUGUCCCAGCAUCCACCUGCCCGCCAUGAUGCAGGAGAUCGCCCCCCGGUGACCUGGCUCCCACCGCGGCUCGGGUCAGGCCCGGCCGCUGAGCCGGAGCCAUGCGGACUCGGGUCUGAAGCUGACCAACUGAACUGCGUCUGUUCUUCUCAGCUGGGGCGGGUGGGGGAGGGGGGUUCAUUCAGCGCUUCAGGUCUUUGGAGCUUUAGCUCCCGAAACGUCGGCACGGCCAUCAAACCCACGGCAUCAUCUGAAGACAAUGACGGCAGACGGCUGUUGCCGUGGCAACACGAAAGUGACACAAAAGUGAGUGGAUCAUCCGGUGCAGCCGCCGUCCGGAACACAGUUUCUCUGAUGGUUCCUUCAUGAAGAACUUCUGAUGGGCCUCCAAGCGUCAUUUCCUGACUGAUGCUUGAAGUUCUUGUCUAGUUUUGGCGUUCUCCAGCGGCUUCUCCCUGUAGACGGUUCUCCUCACGGUCCGUGUCCUUCAGCUGCUUUUUCAUCUGCAGAUCGUGGUUCUGUUCUGCAGGUUCCAUGACGCUGACGGUCUCCUGAGGAGGGAGCAGAACCUCUGUAACGAGCAGACCUGCAGACGGUUCUGGUCAUCUUCUCUAAAAGCCAAAGAUGUUUGUUUUACGGCUGCUAGCGUUGAAUUCAUCCAAACGGUGGUUUUGUGAUUUCCUCGUUUGGGUCCGCGGGUCAAAUAUGACCUGGUCAGUUCUCCUGCCUUUCUUUGGUUCUCUGGCUCCGUUCUCGGCUCCGGGUUGGAACCAUCAACAUCUGUAGUUUGAAGCAGCAUCACUGCAGGUUCUGCUCAUGAGCAUCUUCCCUCCCUCCACCAAACACACCUGUGCUCACCUGUUUACCUGGAGGUGACUGAACGGGCCGACACCUCUCCUGGAAGAAACCAUUCAGGGUUCAGGGCGAUCCCAUGUGAGCGGGGAGGAAGAUCUGCUGUGAUGUCAUCAGGCUUUGUUCAUUCAAGUAAGUUCUAACGGACGCGUGACGGAGGUUGUUUCCAUGGAAACAGAUCAUCAUAGAGAAGCAUCAGAUCUCCAUCCCUCCAGUAAUGACAGCACUGAUCGUUGCUGAUGUGAUUGCUGAUGUGAUUGCUGAUCUGUGGCAGAGCUGGCCUCGGUUUGCACAUUAAGAACCAUGUUGGUGCCAAAUGCUGGUUCUGCUGCUGCAAACGCAGAAGCAGCUUCUUUACGGUUUACUUCAGGACUCAAAUCCCAACUUUUGCCUUUUACAAACGUCUGAAACCCAGUGGAGUUCAGCUCCUCAGGUCCGGUGUUACGCACCUGCACUUUCCAGCAGAACUGACCAGAACCAGUAUUUCGUCUCGUCCUCACAGUCGACUGAGUUUUUUCUUUAAAUGUUUUGGAUUUCUUGACGGAGAAAAGUUCAGCCGUUUUUCGCCAUCGUGUUGAUUUUUGGUUUUACCAAAUAAAAACUGUAAAUAUGUGA